AUGCUUAAAGUGGGUAGCGGAGCUGCUUCAGGCGCAGCGUCUUCGGGCAGCACAGCCGACGGGCUUUCGUCUUCAAGGCCCGCAUCUGCUUCCGCUUCCGCCUCCGCCACGGGUUCCUCGGCCGCGCCUUCCGCGCGCAUGCUCAACCGUCCCCCCGCCUUAGCGACUUCCGCGGGGGGAGCUUCCGCCAACGCAGCCCAUCGGCGGAAGCGGUCCAUAAACAGAAAGGGCACCGGAACGCUCUCUCUUCCCCUCCUCUCCCCUUCCGCCGCGUCGUUCGGCGCUCUCCCCAGCGCGGCUUCCCCCGCGGGCGGCGCAGCGGCUUUCGCUCAAGGCUCGCAGAUGGCGGGAGGAGGAUCGGGUAACCCGAUGACCCCCAUGUCGCCCAUGUUCUACUCGUCACUGCUGCCGCCUGCUUCGCCGUCCGUGCUGCAUCUGGCGCUGCAGAUCGACCUGCCGCGAGACCACGUGGAUGCCUUGAAGGCCGUGCUCCAGGUCAUCGGCAACUUCGCCAACGCGGGCGAGCUGCAUCAAACAGCCGUGUGGGACCGGUGCUUCCCCGGCACCUUCUCCCGCCUCGCGACUGUGCGCUCCCCUGCGGUGCAGCGGCCGCUCUGCAUGGUGCUCUUCACGUGCUGCCGCGCCGUGCCCAAGCACGUCGACGGGCUGGGCGGGUCCAUGGACGGCGUUGCGCUGCUCGCGGGCGCGCUUAGGGCCCAGGGGGAGGCGCUCGUUGCGCGCGCGGAGGGGCGGGACGGCGGCAGCGGCGGGGAUGUCUUCUCAGCUCUCCCGGACGCUACCUCCAACGGAAUGGACGAGUGGCUGGGUCUGCUGGUGGAGCGGAUCUGCCUGCGCGCGCGCUACUUUGAGCCAGUUUUCAAGAACCUUCCCAACUUCUCGCCGCGCCCUGCCCUCGGGCAGGUCCGAGGGCUUUUCUGCCCGGAACAAGCCGCGCUGCUCUGGGUUCUAUGGGGCUCUCUUCACGCCACUGCAAAGGCACGGGGCAUCCCAGGCAUCGACCUUCCUUCUGCUUCUAAUGAGGAUGAUGGGAACUCCAAGGGCGACAAGGCAUCAAACGAGCCUGCAGUGCCUGGGUCAAGGUGGCAGGUGCAUGGGCUGCCUGAUAUAGGACCAGGGACCCUCAAGUUCCUUCUGACGGCAUGCAGGAACGCAGCAGCGGGUCUGGGCAAGGCACGGGAGGAGGCUGGCAGCAAGGCGCUCACCUCCUCUUCCACCUCCUUCACGUGUCUGCAACUGGUGCUCUGCUUCUCCCUCCGCUGCCUCCGCGUUCUCGCUGCCCAACAGCCCUCCUCCACCUCCCAUCCAGCUCCCACUGCUCAGGACUCCUCAUCCACAUCCCCACCCGAUGCUGCUGACGCCACCUCUGGAGAAGCCUCAGCCGCAACAGAACAUACCACGGAUUCGAAAUCAACGGCCGAGGAUGCGUUUGUUGCGAUCGGAGGGUCUGAGAUUAUCCCGCUGCUGCUGGAUCUCCUCCAGGGGCUGAGUAAAACGGCAGAGUCGGGUGGGGAAAGUGGCGGCACUAAGGAAUGGGUGGGGUAUGCGGUGAGGUGUCUGGUGGAAGGGAAUGAGAGCAACAGGAGGGACCUUGCAGCAGCAGUGCAGGCAGGCACAGUUUCCCAAGAGAUCUCCUCCUCACCCCUCUCCACCGCUCCCACAACCUCCUUAUCCGACAACCUAGUAGGCCUUCUAGCCAGGGCACUAGAGGCCGCUCACAGGGACAUACAGCUCGUGCCAGAGCUUGGGAGGAGAAGGACGAGAGUGGUGGAGCGGUGCAAGCUCAUGGUGAAGCUGGGGAAGCUGCUGCUAUCCCCGUCUUGGAAGUCCUCAGUACCCGUAUCCCUCCCAAGCCUCCCGCCCUUCACAGCAGGCGCCUUUGAGUCGCACGUCAACAGGCACGCUUCCCGCCUUCCCGUGCCUGUUUUCCGAUCCUACGACACAGGCUUGCCAGAGGCCCUGUUUGCUGCAGUGGAAGAUAUAGCAGCAGAGGGAGGCGCUGUGAACAUGCGAUACAAGGAUCAAUCUCGCUAUCACAUCUGGAUAGCAGAUACCGAGUUGGAUAUCGAGUACAAGGUCAUCUGUGUGCCUGACCCUGACAACUCUGGAAUUAUCCUCACUAAGGUGAAGCACAAUUCACUGCGCUAUGCAGUCGUUGACAUUGCUCGCCCCUCCAAAGCCAUUGACUUCCGCCUGCUGCUGCUGAAGGAAUCGAGGCUCUGCUCCCUCGAUACCUCCUUCUUGCAUCCCUGCUCCUCGCAUCCCUCCUCGCAUCCCUCCUCUGUUUCCCCUCUCUACUUCUAUCCAUCAGGAUGCCACCCGGACGCCACUCGGUCUGCGUGUGAGCUCAUAACAUCUACAGCAGUCAUCGACAGGAGUGCAAGAGGGGGCCUGCUCUGGCCAGACAUCACCACUGGCUUCGAUACCACCCUUCUCUCCUCGUCCUCAGCGUCAGCAUCACCAUCACCACCAUCAGCAGCAGCAACAGCACCCACUUCCGCUCCUGCUCCUUCCUCACAAUCAGUCUCAUCCUCGCCGCCACCCACUCGCUUCAGAGUCAUGGGCUGUUGGCAUCUGGACAAGUCCCGGGCGGAGUCGGGUGGACGUUUGUGGAAGCUGGCGCGGAUAAACGGGUUGGUGGCGGGGCAGGUUGGGAGCAGCCUGAAGCACCAGAUCGACCUGUGCCCCUUGGCAUGGCGGGAGACAACCAAGGGUCAUGAAGGCCCAAGCAACAGCACGAGUAGUUCACCCGUAGCCUACUCGGCGGCAUCUUGCUUCGACUCGAGCUUGCAGCAGGCAGCACCACAGUGGACUCCAGACAGCAUUCUUGCCGAUUGCCCCGCCCUCAUUAACUGGCUGCAGGAGCACUUGCCUUGA